UUUACUGUCAUAACACAAACAAACAUUCCCAAAUGGAUGAUCUCAAAUUACCCUCUCAUGAUUCCUCCUCUAUCCCUCUCAUUGCUAGGCUCGAUCAUUUGGAAUUCAUUAUGAAAUAUUUAGAAAGAAAACAAAGAUAUGGCAACAAUGUUGUUGUUAAUGCUGCUGAUAAACAAUCAUCUGAUUCUUCUAUCAAAGAGAAUUACUUUAAAGGAACAUUGUUGGACCGUGUAGCCAUUCUUGAAAACAGGCUUUUUCAGCUUUGUGUUGAUAUGGAUUCAAGUGGAAGCUCUAAUCCUCUGUCUCGUGCUUCCACACAAGCUUCUGGAGAAUCUUCAUCAAGCCAAGGUUCCAAGGGAGAAAUAUGUUACUCAUUUCCAACCUUCAACAAUCUACCAAAUCAUAAUGGUGAAAAAGAAAUAAUGCCUCACCAUGAUAAUGACAUACUUGAAUUGGAGGAAAAAUGUGAUAGUGUGGUGCAGCCUCAAAAGAAAAACAAUUGUUCUAAUAAUGAGCAACAAGUGGUGGUGGCAAAGAAUAGAGGCAAGAAGAAGAAUGAAAAGAAACGCAAAGGUGAAAAGAAAAUGGUUCCUCUACGUCCUAUUAGUUGGCCACAUUUGAAACUACUAGGUUGUUAAUUAAUUAAUUAAUGUUUUUAAUUAACAUUGAUUUUAUAAUUCUUUUGCUACUUAAUUUUGGUGUGUUGCUCUUAGACAUUAAUUAUUAGACAUUCAUGUUGCUAUUUGAACUUAAUUCGUGGUUAGUAUUACUUAAUAAAGUAUGUGAGAUUGAA